CACACUCCCAUACAACAUGUGCGACGUCUACGUGGCUCUUCAUAUCGCCACGACCUGUGACGAGCAUGCGGUGUAUGUGACGCGCGAUUCUGCGGAGAUCAUUGAGCUUGCGUGGGUGCUCGUGGACGCAACGACGCUCGUGGAGCUCCAUCGUGAUUCGGUGCUCGUGAAGCCUGUCAACACGCCCAUCACGCCGCUCUGCACCAGCUUGACAUCGCUUACUUGGGAACACGUGCGCGCGGCCGGGACCUUCAAGGAGGCCGUGCUGAAACUCGAUCAGUGCGUGCGUGAGCGCGUGCUCGCGCACAACCUCAGCUUCGCAUUGGUGGCGUUCCACGCGUGGGAUAUUCGCGUGCAGCUUCCGCGCGAGGCUCGCGACAAGGCGGUUGUGUUGCCACCGUACUUGCAGCAUGCGCGCGCGUACGACUUGCAGAAGGAGUAUGCGAAGUGGCAGGCCCACCACCCGGAGUCGUUGUCGUACUCACCGUCGUCUUUGACGAACAUCUGCACGGCGUUGGAGGUGGAGCCGGAGACGACAGCCGCGCCCAGACGCGCGCAGGCCGCCGCCGCAACCGUGGCGCGCGCAGUGGCCGCGUUGGCGGCGAAGCGAACCUCGCCCGAGGACCGGGCGGACGUGCUCACACGCCCCUACGACGCGCGCGCAGACGUCAAGGCGUUCCUCGCAGAGCGCUCUAAAAUCCUCUACAUGAGUAACUUGCCGCACGACACCACGCAGUCAGAGCUCGAGAGCUGGUUCACCCAGUACGGUGGCCGCCCCAUCGCGUUCUGGACGUUGAAGACGCCCGAGCAACACAAAAGCACCGGCUCCGGCUUUGCCGUGUUUGCAACACACGAGGAGGCUGCUGAGGCGCUUGCAAUGAACGGGCGCGCGCUUAACGAUCGCGCGGUCGAGGUACAGCCAUCCAGCGCGCGUGUCUUGGACCGUGCGCAAGAUAUUCUCACUCCGUUCCCGCCAUCAAAGAACAGACCGAGGCCGGGUGACUGGACGUGCCCGUCUUGUGGCUUCUCCAACUUCCAGCGCCGUACCGCGUGUUUCCGUUGCUCCUUCCCCGCGGCGUCGGCCGCGGCGGUCCAGGAGUCGAUGUAUGGGUACACCAACACCCACGCGGCAACCCCUACGCACACACCGCAGGGCAAUUACACACGCGGCAUAUCGUCGGUACCAUUCCGAGCGGGUGACUGGAAAUGCGCCAACGAAAGCUGUGCGUACCACAACUUUGCCAAGAACGUGUGCUGUUUGCGGUGUGGCGCGCCACGUGUCACGGCGCCGCUGAGCAGCGCAGCCACCCAGCCCCAGUACAUGCAAGGGACGGGGCACACCGCGCCCGCCUCCCACAGCGGCUCGCAUACCCCCGACAGCUUGUUGACCAGCUUCCAGCGCCAGUACCCACAGGGCUAUAGUCAGGCGACCCAAAGCUACCCGCAGUACAACGGCUCACCGUUGCACCUGCUCAGUGCCCAGUACUCGGGUUCCCAGGCGCCGCUUCCUCACUUGGACAUUGACAAUUUGUCCCAGCAGUUGUCGGCGUUGCCGCUCGGCAUGGCGCAGCAGCGCGCGCGCAAGGCCGACAAGUAGAGCGCGCAAGAGCGAGUGUGUAGCACGAGCUAUCAUAGUAUCAAAGUCAUUUCAUGGGUAUAGAUAGGACGGAAUAUCUCGGUUCUUGGUAUGGAUAUAUAUUUAUCAUUACGG